CUUGUAACGAGAUUGCCAGAGUUGAGGGUAUUGAAACUUUGGGUUUGAGUGAUUAUUUUUUAUUAGUAAAUUUGUUUAAGAUCGUCAGCGUAAAGACUCCAUUUUCACAACGGAUACAAGAUCUAAACAACUUGUUGCGGGGUGCGAUGGACUAUUGGGUGAGACCCAUUGACCGGGUCUGGAGAUGGAGUCGUCCUUGGACACUAAGAAAGAGUGUGGAAGUAGUUGCGGUUUUAAGUUCUCUGGUGGUUGGGUUCUCAAUUUUCAUGGCAAUCGGACGCCGUGGAACUCUUGGUCAAUUCCCAUUGGCUAAUUCAAGUCAUUGUGAUUUUCCGGCGAUAUUCAACUUUGGUGAUUCGAACUCCGAUACGGGAGGCAAAUCUGCAGCGUUUCGUCGGAUUCUCUCUCCCAACGGCGACACCUUCUUUGGUAAACCUGCGGGGAGGUACUCCGAUGGACUAGUCGUCAUCGAUUUUAUAGCUGAGAAGCUGAGGUUACCUCUCUUGAGUGCAUAUCUGGAUUCUAUGGGGACAAAUUUUCGACAUGGAGCAAAUUUUGCUACAGGAGGGUCUACAAUUCAGCCAGUGGAUAUGAGAAUCUAUGAGAUGGGUUUUAGCCCCGUCUCUCUUGACAUACAGCUUUUGCAGUUUGAACAAUUCAGAGCUCGCACAUUUGAGCUAUACAGGGAAGGUAGAAACUCAUACACCAAAAACAGUCUCCCAAGACCAGAGGACUUUUCCAAGGCACUAUACACGUUGGAUAUUGGACAGAACGAUCUGCAUUUUGGGUUCUCGUCAAUGACGGAGAAACAACUGCUGGAAUCGAUACCAAAUAUUAUCAAUAAAUUUUCUCAGGCAGUGGAGAAACUAUACCAUCUUGGAGCAAGAGCAUUUUGGAUACAUAAUACAGGUCCUAUUGGCUGCUUGCCUUAUUCUGUUACUUAUUAUCCUCCAAAGCCAGAAAAUACAGACAAAAAUGGCUGUGUGCUGUCCCACAAUAAGAUAGCCCAAGAAUUUAACAGGCAACUCCUGGUGAAGGUGUCCCAACAUAGAGUGCAACUUCCUGAUGCAAUACUUACUUAUACUGAUGUUUUCUCAGCCAAGUACAAUUUGAUUUCUGAAGCAAAGAAGCUUGGUUUUGCUAAUCCACUAGGAUUCUGUUGUGGGCAUUUUGGUGAUCCAAGUGUUCAAUGUGGGGAAAAAGCAGUAAAUGGAACUGAAGUUUUUGGGGUUUCAUGUAGCAACCCUUCAGUUUACAUUAGCUGGGAUGGCGGACAUUAUUCUCAUGCCGCCAAUAAAUGGAUAGCCAACCGAAUUCUUGAUGGCAACCUCUCUGAACCUUCUAUCCCCAUCACUGAGGCCUGUCGCAAACCUGCACAUUUGUGACCAUGAGCCCAAAGAGUGCAGUUCGAGCGAUUGAUACGUAAUUUUGGUUUGUGUUUCUGUUGAUAAGUUCUCUUUUUCCCCAUAACAGAGUGAGAUGAUGUAAAUUGAAGUUGGGGACAUUUGAAAACUUCUUAUGGGUCUUCAUUGAAAUUGGAUAAAUGCUAGUCCCUUUUUUUUUUUUUAUACAAGCAUCAGGAUCAAAGAGAGGAAGAGUUGCUCUGUUUGCACCCUGGGUUUUCUCAGAAUCUGUGCUUCGAAGUUAGAUAUGGUAUUCUACAACAUUGCAGCUAGUAGUCAGCAACUCAGUGUUGGAAUCUAAGAUUGAAAAAAGAAGAAGAAGAGCAUAACAGCUUUUGUUUUGCGUAUUUGUUGAACGCAUCAACAUGUAAUCUAGGCGGGAAGUUGCCCAAUAUAGGGAGUAUGGUGAUCUCAUAUGGGCCACAUUGGUAUUCUGACUGCUGUUUUAAUUCGGUGUAGGCUUGUAGCCAUGCAGUCUAUAUUCUUCUAAAUUCCCCUAAUAAGAGUAGCAAAGCGGCAUGGUAAGCUAAAUUCUGAUCUUCAUCCCUAUGAUUCAAAGUGAUGAGGUGGUAACUUGCACUUCUGUGCUCUCUUUGGUCUGCCCGAUUCUCUCUUUUGUUGGUAUUGAAUACUUUUUAUUUUUCAAGUAUUGUUGGUAUUGAUUAUUGAAAUUUUCAA